GAAAGAGUUAAGAGAAUAUAGACCAUUGUCAUGAAAUGUGCUUCUUUUUGUAUACAUGGCUAAACCAAAUGCUAUUCAAUCGCAUAUGAAAAUAAUGACUUAAUUUUCACUGAAUUCAGAUAUUGUUGGUACAGCCAGGCAUCCAAAGAUACAGGACAACGUCAGGAAACCAGGUUAAGUGUGUGUGUGUGUCAGAUGGAGAAGAGGAACGUUCAGCGUUGCUCUGGGACAACAAGGCGGAGGCGGUGGUGGGGUCUGAGGAGGCGCUGGAGAAUGUUAGGCCUGUUUGAAAUCAACCAGGAACAUGAGUUCUACAGCUUCACCUGUCUUAUGAAAGAGGGGCUGCAUGCUGCCCUACAGACCACCAUCGACACACCAGGACCUGAUGAACUUUCUGCUGAACAUUACAAAUCGGAGCAGACUCAAGUCCACAAGGACUACGAGAUGCAGACAUUUGCAGGACUGGUGUUUUCCAGCUUGCGGUACUCCCUGGACAUAAAUGAGGAGGAGUACAAGAGAUCCCUCUCUUCAGACUGCUGCUAUCUACAGUUCACGAGCAACUCCAAGAGCAAAGCUGACUUCUUCCUCACGAAUGACAAGAGGUUCUUCCUAAAGACACAGAAUAAGCAGGAGGUGAAGUUUCUUCUUUCCAACCUGAUGGCAUAUAUGGAUCACUUGGAGAAAUACCCCCACUCGUUGUUGGUCAGGUUCCUGGGUCUCCAUAGUAUCCAGGUACCAAAUGAAACAAAGGUGAUUAUAAUGAAGUACACAUUCAAACACAGCUAUAAAAAAAAAAAAAAACUAUUUAACUCUUUUCUUAAUCUUUCUCAGAAGUAUUUCAUUGUGAUGCAGAGUGUGUUUUACCCGGACGAGAGGAUUGAUACAAGAUAUGACAUUAAGGGCUGUGAGGUGGGUAGGUGGACUGACCCUGCAUCUACUGGAAGCCCAGUUAAGAUUCUGAAGGAUAACAACUUUGAAGGAAAGCACAUCAUUCUGGAUCAGAAGAGCUCCUGGCUUGUGGAUCAGGUUGAAAUAGACACAGCUUUCCUCCGUAGCCUCAAUGUGCUUGACUACAGCAUUCUGCUGGCCCAUCAACCCUUGCACAAAGAUGAGCUGGACGGGAAGCACUCCUUUAGUAACCUUAUUGUGCGCACUGAAAAGUCCAUGGCCCAAGACAGUCCCACAGAGGAAGAUCAUCCCACUAUUCCAUUGUUGGGGGGAGACUCUUUUCGACUGGCAUCAGAUACAAUAGACAGUGGGCCAGACCAUGUCCAGGACACAGGGGAGCACUCUGGCCAUUCAAUCCACUGCCAGGAGAUAAACCUGCCCUCUGUAAACAGUACAGAUGCAGAACUCCAUGAGUUCCAUGCUCAUCACCGUAGGCUGCUGCCUAAUUUCAAGAACUCUGUGCAUGUCAUAGAUGGGCCAGAGCUGCGCUACUUUGUGGGUAUUGUAGACAUUUUUACUGUGUACGGUUUGAAGAAAAGGCUGGAGAACCUGUGGAAGAGUCUGCGCUUCCCUGGCAGAGCCUUCUCCACUGUCAGCCCAGCUACCUACUCCCAGAGGUUCUGCCGGUGGGUAAAGGACCACACCAAGUAAAACGGGGACACUGUCUCUAGAAAUGCAUCUAGCCAUCUAUCUAGAUAAUCUGGGCAUUUUUUCCCCCGUUUUUGUAGGUAACAGUAUGAACAAUAGGUGGCACCACAGCUUCUGUUGUAGUGGUGGUAGCCUAUUUCAAAAUACAGAUACAACACACACAAUUUAAUUAAGCAAUAAGGCAUGAGGGGUUGUGGUGUAUAUGACCAAUAUACCGCGGCUAUGGGCUGUUUUUAGUCACGACUCAACGCGGAGUGCCUGGAUACAGCUCUUAUAUUGGCCAUAUACCACAAGCCCCCAGGGUGCCUUAUUGCUAUUUGAAACUGGUUACCAACGUAAUUAGAGCAGUAAAAAGACAACUGUUGUCAUACCCAUUGUAUGUCAGCCAAUCAUUAUACAGGGCUCAAACCAUCCAGUUUAUACUUGUUAUUAAAUUUGUUCAUAUUA